AUGGUUCGAACAUAUAUUAGAAAAACUAACAAAGAAAAUAAUGAUAAUCAAAAGGCAAGUAUUCUUCAAAUGCUGAAAUAUAAGAUACCUUUGACAGUUAUAACCAUGAAUACGAAUUUAAGUUAUGGGAGAAAUGAAGAUUUUCAAGAGCGAUAUCUUUACAGAUCAGUAUUUUCUCCUAUUCAAGAAGCUAAAUUAACAGAUUAUUUAAUUAAAGGAUCAAGAUUAUUUUCAGGAUUAUGCCCUAAUCAAGUUAGAGUUUUAGCUUAUCAAAUGGCCAUGAGGUAUAGUUUACAAGUACCAAAAUCUUGUGAAAUAGCUCAAUCAGCUGGUGAAGACUGGGUUGGAGCAUUUAUUAAAAGAAAUCCAACCAUUUCUUUGAGAACAUCAGAGGCUACAAGUAUAGCCAGGGCUACCAAUUUUAAUAUGAAAAUGCUUGAUUUAUUUUUUAAUUAUUUGACUGUCACAAGGGAAAAUAACUUUCUACCAUGUGAUAUAUAUAAUAUGGAUGAAACUGGAUUAACAACAGUUCAACGGCCUAAUAAAGUUAUUGCAAGGAAAGGCGAAAAACAGGUUGUGGCAAUUACUACAUCAGAAUGUGGUACACUUAUGACCUUGGCAAUUGCUGUCAAUGCUCUAGGAAAUUCUAUUCCACCUAUGUUUAUAUAUCCCAGGAAAAAAUUUUAUGAUCAUUAUUUAAGAGAUGGCCCUGUAGGAUGCAUUGGCGUGUCUAAUGGUUCUGGGUGGAUGCUGGCUGAAGAUUUUAUAUAUUUUUAA